AUGGCCCGGCCACUGGUGCCCAGCUCGAAGAAGGCGCUGCUCCUGGAGCUCAAGGGGCUGCAGGAGGAGCCGGUCGAGGGCUUCCGGGUGACCCUGGUGGACCAGGGCGACCUGUACAACUGGGAGGUGUCUACCUUCGGGCCCCCCAACACCUACCACGAGGGCGGCUACUUCAAGGUCCGCCUCAAGUUUCCUAGUGAUUACCCCUGCUCCCCUCCAGCUUUCCGGUUCCUCAUAAAAGUGUGGCGCCCGAACAUCUAUGAGACUGGGGAGGUUUGUAUCUCAAUCCUCCACCUUCCAGUAGAUGAUCCCCAGAGUGGAGAGCUUCCCUCUGAGCGAUGGAACCCCACCCAAAAUGACAGGACUGUCCUCCUGAGCGUGAUCUCCCUCAAGAGAGGAUUCUGGGAAGACGGCAGAAUGACGCAGGAAAUUACCUGGCUUUCUUAA